AUGUUGAGACCCAGUUCUGAUGUGUUAAACUCGUUCAGAGUACUUCUUCUAGGUGGUUUCAGUGUAGGGAAAUCGUGGCUGCUUCACAGAUGUGUUCAUGGCUGCAUCAAUGAACAUAUCAUUGUCACAAUUGGAGUCUCCCGUUCUGUUAAGGAAGUAAAUCUUGAAGAUGGCACACAAGUGGAGCUUUAUAUUUGGGAUACCGCUGGUACAGAAAGAUCUAACGGUUUUUGCUUAAAGCUGUGCAAUAGAGCUGAUGCUAUCAUUGUUGUGUAUGACAUAACAGAGGCACAUUCUUUUGAAGCAGCAAAGAAUUUGGUUAGGAAGAUUCAGGAAAUGGCCAUCCCAAACAUUUUUCUGGCACUUGUAGGGACCAAAGCAGACCUUGAAGCUAAAAGGAAGGUGAAACGUGAGGAUGCUCAGAGCUAUGCAGAAUCCAAUGGAAUAGAUCUCUUUACUGAAUUGUCAGCCAAGAGUGGCUGCAACGUGGAGGAAUUGUUUUUGGCAAUCGGGUAUAACUUAAAGCUGGCGCGUAUAUCGGUGACAGAUUUGAAGAAGGCAAUAGAUAAAAAUAAGAAGGCCUUAGAUCUUGGACGAAAAAAGCUGGUGAGAGUUCCUGACUCCGUUGCAGAAUUACGGGAAGUACAGACACUGAACCUUUCAGAAAAUAAUCUCACACAACUACCAAGAUAUUUGAAAAAACUGGAGAAUGUGACAAUGUUGAUCUUGAUUCAAAAUAAGCUGAAACGGCUGCCAGAUGGUAUUAUUGAAAUGACCAAUCUGAUUUGUCUUAACGUGAGCGACAACCAACUUUCCUGUCUACCAAAAGAUAUCAAACGUCUGCAAAAACUUAAGGUGCUGGAAUUGAGGAAUAACAAAUUACAAAGACUUGAUGUAGAUAUCAGCUGCCUGAAACGACUUGAGAAGCUGUCUGUGAAUGGUAACCCCUUAGACUUUGGAGCAGUCAGAAGUCUGAUGGACUUAAAGGAGAAAUAUCAAGGAAGGAUUCAUUUGGAUAUUGCAGUUCCGGCCGAAAUACUGGCCCAAGGACCCGUUGCAAAACAGCUUUAUGAAGACGCUCUAAAGGAUGGGUCUGUAAGUGUUUGCCGAGCUCGAAUAUUGAUCAUUGGUCAGGAUCGUGCUGGCAAAACAAGUUUGAAGAAGUCACUCCUGGGUCAACCGUUUGACCCUGACGAACAGAGUACCGAUGGAAUUGAGGUCGAUCCAUCUAAGUGUACCAUUGAAGUUGACCAAAUUAAGAACUGGAAUCCCACUGGUAAAAAAGAAUCAUGUUUGGGUGAAUGUUCUGAAGAGAUAUCAAGAAUGUUGGCUGAAAAAAAGUAUCAGUGGAUUCUUAAAAUAGAAGAAACUGAAUCAGAAGGAGCACCUUAUGAAGAGCCCAAACAAGAACAACCCGUGGGGGACUCCAACAUCGAGGAUGAAAACGAGGUUUGUUGCAGUGCAAGUUUUGAAUUCACACGCUCCAUAUGA